AUGGCCGAGAUAGACAUCGCGCCGCAGUUCGGCGCCGAGUUGAAGGAUGGCUUCAAACCCGUAAAUGCCUGGGUCUUGGGCGGUAUCUCAUGGCUCGACGACGUGCAGGCCUUCUACCGGGAACGCAGCGCCAUUGAAAAGGAGUACAGCCAGAAACUCAGUGCCCUCGCCAAAAAGUACUUUGACAAGAAGACCCGCAAGCAGAGCAGUCUGAGUGUUGGAGAUACUCCGACCGUCACUCCUGGUUCUCUAGAGAGUGCUUCCAUGACCACCUGGAGUACCCAACUUACCACCCUCGAGAACCGCGCUUCCGAACACGAUCGCUUCGCCACGCAACUCAUCUCUCACCUCGCCGAUCCUAUCAAGCAUUUGUCCACUCGAUGCGAAGAUCUACGUAAACACCACGCCGACUAUGCCGCCAAACUCGAGAAAGAGCGUGACAACACCUAUGCUGAUCUGCGCAAGACAAAGACAAAGUACGAUAGCGUCUGCCAGGACGUCGAGAACCGCAGAAAGAAGAUUGACAGCAGUUUCGACCAUGGCAAGACCAAGGCCCAGGCCGCCUAUGUACAGAUCCAGGCAGAUAUGCGCAACACUAAGAACACCUACUUGAUCUCUAUCAACGUCACCAACAAGCAGAAGGAGCGAUACUAUCACGAAUAUGUGCCCGAUCUGCUCGACUCGCUGCAGGAUCUGUCCGAGACCCGCGUCGCCAAGUUGAACACUCUGUGGCUACAAGCAGCGACCAUCGAGACACAAACCCUUUCGCGAUCCACCCAGCUCCUCGAGCACCUCUCGGCUGAGAUUCCACGCAACAACCCUGUUCUCGAUUCCAUGAUGUUCGUCCGUCACAACGCCGCUAAUUGGCAAGACCCCGCCGAUUUCACCUUCGAGCCUUCGCCAGUAUGGCUAGACGACGAUGUCAUGGCGUCCGACGAUCCGAGCAAGACUUUCCUGCGUAACAUCAUGAUGAGAAGUAAGGGGCAGUUGAACGAGCUGCGCAGAGAAUGCGAUGCUAAGCGUCGUGAGGUCGAGGGCGCCAAAAGAGUACGUCAAGCAAUUAGAGAUGGCACAGACAAGCGUGAUGAGGUCGAGGUUGUGCGGGCACAAUUUAACCUGCAAGAGUCGCUGCACGAGGCAGAGAGGAAGAAGGUGACUUGCGAAGUCGAGGUCAGCACCAUUGCAACUGCUGUUGGUGACUUGAGCAUUGGUGCUCAGAACCACGCCUUCAAGUCUCAGACUUUCAAGCUGCCUACGAACUGUGAUUUUUGUGGUGACCGCUUGUGGGGCUUGUCAGCAAAGGGCUUCGACUGUGAAGAUUGUGGCUUCAUCUGUCACAAAGAAGAAGAUCAAGGCCGAGCGACAGGCCGCAGCUUCAGCAUCCACUCCCCAGCAGCCAACACAGCGGCACAAGGCUCAUCUGACUCGGUCAAUGACAUGCCUCGUCUCAAUCGCACCGACACAAUGGGUAGCAUGAACACACUUUCGUCCGGUUACGCUGCAAGCGCAAACCGCAGCGUGUCUGGAACGAACGUCCGACCAGCCUCAAACUCGAAUGAUAGCGCCAGCGACCUCGGGCGGUCGAACACGGCUAAGCGUCGUAUUCUGGCACCACCACCAGACCACUACGCAAACAGCAAUGGAGAUGCGGCAGACGGCCAACCUCGCGGCAAGAUGAUUUAUCCUUAUCAGGCAAGUGGUGAUGGUGAAAUCACCGUGGACGAAGGUGCCGAAGUCACUAUUGUUGAACCAGACGAUGGCGUUGGCUGGAUGAAAGUCCGUACACACUCUGGCGAAGGUCUUGUUCCAGCUUCGUAUGUCGAGAUGAUGCCUUCAUCGCCUGUGAGAUCACAGCCCGGCCAUCGCGCAUCUAUCACCAGUCUAGCUACUUCGAUCGCUUCUUCCGCUCCAUCGACUAAGAAGAAGGGGCCCGUUGUGGCUCCUAAGCGUGGUGCUAAGAAGCUCAAAUACGUCGAAGCAUUGUACACGUACGCAGCUAGCGGCGAAGGCGAGGCCAGUAUGGAUGAGGGUGAGAAAUUGGUCUUGAUUGCACCAGAUCAAGGCGACGGAUGGUGUGAGGUCGAACGGGCAGGCGGUCAAGGGGACAGCUCUAGGUCGGCAACGGAAUACGAAUCUGAAAGUGAUCUCAUCACACCGAAGCCGGGACCUGCUAACCCCUCCUUGCGUACCCAUGCCAAUCUAUCAACACCUGUGCCGCCUUUCUCUUCCUGGUCGAGCAGCCGUGACCGUCGAUUCUAUGAUUUUACCAGCGAAAGCGAAGUGGAGCGGCCAAAGAGAGGCGUCUAUCACAGCACUACCGCCAGCGAGUUCGAGGAGGAUUCGUCGACAAAGAACAAAACAGAAUCUCACACCUCCGAACCCUCAUCAUUGAAGCCAACGAAGAAUCAAGAGUGGCCAAUCAACCCUGCUGUACCUACUAGCAACAAGCAUAAUAUUGAUGAUCAGUCUGAGACCGAGAGCCAUCCACCAGAGCCGUAUACAAAGCCUAUGAAUUCAGAACAACCCAAGAAAAGAAGCCCUCGACCAAGCCCUAGAUCCAGCCCAGGUCGCCGCCAGGGAUCAAGUCCGAAAACAAGUCCUCGCCAGAGUCCAGAGCGCAGUGCGAAACCAGGCCUCGAGAAUAUACCAAGACAGGCUUCUUCUCGCUCAUUGACUCCAGGCAAAGUUUCGCCGUCGCUCGAACCUCGCCGUAGUGUCACCUUCUGCUCGACUCUCUCUGCCCGACCAGACGGUUCUGAUAGGUCCUCAUCAUUCAUGUCUCGACGCAACAACGCCAAUCCCGACCGAGCACGCGAUGAAGCAGAAAGCAGUGCAGACGAGAACACGGCAAUUGUCAGACGCAGAACCGGCGUGGGCACGUAUGGAAGUACGGACCCAGAGCACACAGUCACCGCAGGUUAUGAUGGCGCAGCAGAAGAAGGGCUGGAUCGAGAACCGAGCCCGAUUGAACGCAGAAGAAAGAGUGGUACAUCUCAGCGAGCUGCAAGUACUCGUGGAGGCAGAGAUUCGAGGCAAGGCAGUAUUGGAACUGGCCAAGAGUCUGAGGAUGAAGUGGACAGGGAACACUAUUGGCGACAGCUUGUUGAGAAGUAUGGUAGUGUCGAGCUUGAGAACAAGGGCAGUGUCGCACGCGACCAUCUUGCACUGGCAUGGCUGCGUACCAGUUUAUCUUUCGCAUCGAUCGGCAUCGCCAUCACACAGCUCUUCAGAUUGAACACGUCAAUCGCCAACGAAGACGACUCGAAAUCAGCAGCGGUAGUGAACAACAUUGACAGGGAAAAGCUGCGACAGCUGGGCAAGCCAUUAGGAAUAACGUUUCUUGGAGUGUCUUCAAGAGGCAGUAUCAUGGUUGUGUCAUUUGUGGCAGGAGCGUUGAUUGUGGCGAGUUUGGUGGUGGUCAUUGCUGUCGCUCCUUCUGCUUUUGAGACUUGA